AUGCCGGGAGAUAGAGAAACAUCAAUCUACAUAUCCGAUUACGUUAGGCCCGAAAAAUUGGAACAACGACGUAGCGUAGAUCCUGAAACGAUCUUGCCUCCACCACGAAGAAACUCGCAAACACGUCUCCGCUAUGUUCCGCCAAAAGUAGGGAACCCAACUCCGUUGGGUCUUUCUGCAUUUGCAUUGUCGGUGAUGGUGUUAUCAUUGUAUGAUUGUCAUGCAUUUGGUAUUCAUAUUCCUAACGCUGCUGUUGGUGUCUCGUUAUUUACUGGUGGCGUAGUACAAUUUGCCGCUGGUAUGUGGGAAUUCAAAGUUGGAAAUACAUUCGGCGGAACUGGUUUCAGCGCAUUUGGCGGUUUCUGGGCUUCAUUCGGUGUUUUGUAUCUUGACUCAUUUGGAAUUAAACAGGCUUUUCAAAGUACUGACGGCGAUCUAGAUGGUUAUUAUAACGCUUUGGGAGUUUACGGAGCUGCGUGGACCAUUUUCACAUUCAUCUUCACAAUAGCAUGUCUCCGCACAAACUUGGGCGUAUUGUCAGCAUUUGUAUUUUUGACUGGUGAUUUCGUAUUCUACACUAUUUUCCAAUUCUCUCAAGUCGCUAUUUUUGAAACUAUUUCCGGCGUACUUGGACUUAUUUGCAGCAUGAUAGUAUGGUACUGUUUCGCAGCUGUGCUUUGGACACCGGACCUAUCGCCAAUUAGUCUACCACUCUGGGAUUUGAGUAAAAAAGACCAAUAA